AUGUCUUCUAACAAACAGUCGUCCUCUGAAGAACGGUCACCUCGCUCGAUGGAUACAUCACAGUCUGAGCAGUCUGAGCAAACCACCACUAUAUCCGGGGUCUUUUUCGCAGGUUCUCGCAACUUCGAAAUAACGGGCGGUUCCUUUAAUCAUGCUGCGAGGGAUAUGCAUCAAACUGUCAACAACGACAACUCUAAGCAAAGCGACUUUAAUAACGAUCAUAGAGAUGCGGCUACCUAUAAUGGAGCGGCUAUGCACAAUGACCGUAAAGGGUCAAAUACCAACGUAGCUAUGGCCGCCACAUUUGCUACUACCACAAGUAGUAGUCAAAGACAAAUCCCUCGCAACUUUCAAGGUCAACAGAUGAACGUGUCGAGGAAGAAGUACACUACUUUAGAAGCUCAUCCAGGAUAUAACAUUGAACAAACUCUGGGAAACUUGAACGGAAAUGAUAGGGAAUUUGCUGCUGCAGAAUAUGCAGAAAAUAUGCGCAUUCAAGCCCAACAGAAGCUUUAUUUUGAGCGUCAAAAGCAAGAUGGUUUUGAGGUGUGUGUGAUUACGGAACGGACGUUACCUCGUGUUAAUAACAAGCAAAUGACUAUGAAGGGACCAGGAGAUAGGAGCACAGCAGAUGUGAAUAUGGAGACUGCAGAUGCGGAAGUAGAAGAUUCCGGAAAGGCGGAGUUACGUCAAUGCGUUCAAACGUUCUUGGCUAAUGCCAAACAAAAGGACUUGCCUGGAUUGGCAGAUGCACUCAUUGACGCAGGUUGGGACCGCGAAACACUGAUGGAUGCUCAUUGGGACGAUAUCAAGGGUUCGUACCCAGAAUGGCAACCCGCUACGUUCGUUAAAUUGAGGACAAUCUGUGUAAAAUGGGUUGCAUGA